AUGCUGACUUUUGAUGAAAUGCUGGGGCUAGCAUACCUACUACUAACUAUAGUUGGAUUCGUAGGGAACUGUAAAUUCCUCUUUCUAAACAGCUUUAAUUUCUUCACUGCUCAUAGAACAAGACCUAAAAACAUAAUUACCAUCCAUUUGGCUUUUUCCAAUGCCAUGGUACUUCUCUUUAGAGGAAUACCUACUACAACAAGACUUUGGAGAAUUAGAUGUCUUCUGGAUGAUACUGGGAUUAAAAUCAUAACAUACAUGCAGACACUAAGUCGGAACCUUUCCUUGUGUAGCACCUGCCUCUUGAGUGUCUUCCAGGCCAUCAUUAUUAGUCCCACCAACUCCAUUUGGUCACAGUUAAAAAUGAAAGUACCAAAAUGUAUCAUUCCAUGCAUUCUUCUUUGUUGGAUCUUCAAUCUACUAUUAGAUGUGAUUCUAUUUCAAUACCAUGAUAGUCCAAAGAAUAUAACAGAAAAUAAAUAUAGUUGCAAAACUGGAUAUAGAACUUUAGAUGUAUAUAAUAAAAAUCAUGUAACAAUUGUAACAGUAUCAUGUGUUCAUGAUGCUUUGUUUAUGUGUCUCAUGACCUUUUCUAGUACCUACAUGAUCUCAAUCCUAUAUAUACACAAGAAAAAUAUAAGUUAUAUUCAUAAUAAUAGCCUUUGCACAAAAAUAUCUCAUGAAACUAUAGCCAUCCAAGCUAUCUUGCUUCUUGUGGGUAUCUUUGUUUUGUUGAAUGUAUUCAGUCCCAUUUUUGCUCUAUUUAUGUUCCAUUUUAAAUGCAGAAAUACUUGGAUAAUACACACCACAGCCUUUCUGUCCCUAUGGUAUCCUACGGUCAGCCCUUUUAUUCUUAUCAGCAUUGACAACCAGACCCACAGAACUUGUGCUUAUUGA